AUGGAGGACUCCAGUAUGGAUGCCAGUGCCACCGUGUCUGAAACUGUGGUUGAAGAAGUGUCUCUUUUCAGCAUGACAGACAUGAUUCUGUUUUCACUCAUUGUGGGCCUCCUGACCUACUGGUUCCUCUUCAGAAAGAAAAAAGACGAAAUCCCAGAGUUCACCACAAUUCAGCCAAUGACUUCUUCUGCCAAAGACAGCAGCUUUGUGGAAAAGAUGAAGAAGACGGGCAGGAACAUCAUCGUGUUCUACGGCUCCCAGACGGGGACAGCGGAGGAGUUUGCCAACCGCUUGUCCAAGGACGCCCACCGCUACGGGAUGCGGGGCAUGGCUGCAGACCCCGAGGAAUAUGACUUGGCCGACCUGGGCAGCCUGCCAGAGAUCGAGAACUCCCUGGCAGUGUUCUGCAUGGCCACUUAUGGUGAAGGGGACCCCACAGACAAUGCCCAGGACUUCUACGACUGGCUCCAGGAGACCGAUGUGGACCUCUCUGGAGUCAAGUAUGCGGUGUUUGGCCUUGGGAACAAGACCUACGAGCACUUCAAUGCCAUGGGCAAGUACGUGGACAAGCGGCUGGAGCAGCUCGGCGCCCAGCGGAUCUUUGAGCUGGGGAUGGGCGAUGACGAUGGAAACCUGGAGGAGGACUUCAUCACGUGGCGAGAGCAGUUCUGGCCGGCCGUAUGCGAACACUUCGGGGUGGAAGCCACCGGAGAGGAGUCCAGCAUUCGCCAGUAUGAGCUUGUGGUCCACACAGACAUAGACAUGGCCAAGGUGUACGUGGGAGAGAUGGGCCGUCUGAAGAGCUACGAGAACCAGAAACCCCCCUUUGAUGCCAAGAAUCCGUUCUUGGCCGCGGUCACCACCAACCGGAAACUGAACCAGGGAACGGAGCGCCAUCUCAUGCACCUGGAAUUAGACAUCUCAGACUCCAAACUCAGGUAUGAAUCUGGGGACCAUGUGGCCGUGUACCCAGCCAAUGACUCUGCCCUGGUCAACCAGCUUGGCGAGAUCCUGGGUGCCGACCUGGACGUCGUCAUGUCCCUGAACAACCUUGACGAGGAGUCCAACAAGAAGCACCCCUUCCCCUGCCCCACCUCCUACCGCACGGCCCUCACCUACUACCUGGACAUCACCAACCCACCCCGCACCAACGUGCUCUACGAGCUGGCCCAGUACGCCUCUGAGCCCACCGAGCAGGAGCACCUGCGCAAGAUGGCCUCCUCCUCGGGCGAGGGCAAGGAGCUGUACCUGAGCUGGGUGGUGGAGGCCCGGAGGCACAUCCUGGCCAUCCUGCAGGACUACCCGUCCCUGCGGCCCCCCAUCGACCACCUGUGCGAGCUGCUGCCCCGGCUCCAGGCCCGCUACUACUCCAUCGCCUCGUCCUCCAAGGUCCACCCCAACUCCGUGCACAUCUGCGCCGUGGCCGUGGAGUACCAGACCCGGUCCGGCCGCAUCAACAAGGGCGUGGCCACCAGCUGGCUGCGCGCCAAGGAGCCAGCCGGGGAGAACGGGCGCCGGGCCCUGGUGCCCAUGUUCGUGCGCAAGUCCCAGUUCCGCCUGCCCUUCAAGACGGCCACCCCGGUCAUCAUGGUGGGGCCCGGCACGGGGGUGGCCCCAUUCAUCGGCUUUAUCCAGGAGCGGGCCUGGCUGCGGCAGCAGGGCAAGGAGGUGGGGGAGACAUUGCUCUACUACGGCUGCCGCCGCUCUGACGAGGACUACCUGUACCGCGAGGAGCUGGCCCAGUUCCACCAGGACGGCUCCCUCACCCAGCUCAACGUGGCCUUCUCCCGGGAGCAGCCCCACAAGGUCUACGUGCAGCACUUACUGAAGAGGGACAAGGAGCAUCUGUGGCAGCUGAUCCACGAGGCCGGCGCCCACAUCUAUGUCUGCGGGGACGCUCGGAACAUGGCGAGGGACGUGCAGAACACCUUCUACGACAUCGUGGCCGAGGUGGGGGCCAUGGAGCAUGCCCAGGCCGUGGACUACAUCAAGAAGCUGAUGACCAAGGGCCGCUACUCCCUGGACGUGUGGAGCUAG